GAACACUGGUAGAUAAGGAAAAAUAGCUUUAACUAUAGUGAUAAAAUAUAAAUGCAAAAAAUAAUAAUAAUAAAUAAUAAUAAUUAAGAGAAAAAGGUCAUAUAAUUGAAUAUAUGUUAUCCCCUUGUCCAACAACAGUGAUACUCCGUUUAUAUAUUUAUUAUAUUACAACGAAUAAAUUUUGUUAAAUGAUAGCUCAGAGAAAAGCAAAAUCGAUCCGCAACAACUUUUCUUAUUGUUCUUAUAAUAGUUAUGUAUAUCUAUAUAACGAUAUCCACCUGUCGUACUUAUGUACUUUUGUGUAGUAUUUUUGCCACUCGUCCAUUCGAUUUAUUGUAUCGAACAAACAAAACACCGCGAGCUUUGUAUGUUAGUUAUAAUAACCAAAAAACUAAAUCACUCUUUAUUUUUAUUUAUUUAUUAUAAUUAUAUUACAAUUAGAAAAAUAAUUUUUUAGUUUAUAAAUAUAAAUUAGGACAAUGAGUUAUGUUUUACCAGAGUCUAAUGGAAAAUACACAAGAUCAUUUUCGGCGCCAAUAAAAAAAUUUAAUCCCAAAGAAAAUAUUCAUCAUACAAAUUUAUCAAAAACUUUUCGGAUUCCUUGGAAAAAAAAUUCAAUUGAUCGUACAUCAAAGGUUUUAACAAAAUCUGAAUAUGAAUAUUUUCGUAACUGCGCGAUUGAGGGAUUUAAAACAGAGCAAGAAAAGCGUGAAAAUUUAUUUAAAAAUGAAAUUAAGAAAGAAAAUUUAUUGGCUGAAAGUAUAGCUCGUAAACAAAAAAUACGUAAAAUGGAUUUAGAAAAAUUAAAAAAAAAAACAAAUAAACUUGAUGAAUUUGAAGCGGAAACAAAGAUGCGAACUAUGCAUCUUCUUGAACGUGCAAAUAAUUUAAAACUCGAACAAGAAGAGGAAAUGCAAUUAUGCAACAAACUGAUAUUAGAAACUAAAUGUCGAGCUAUUAGAGAUCUUCAGGUUGCAGAAAAAAAAUUAAUUGAAAAAGAAUUGAAUAAAGAGGAAAAAAGAUUGAAUGAAAUGAUGGAAAAUGAAAGACGUUUAAAAAUAAAAGAGGAAAAAGAAAAAGAAGAGGAAAUAGCUAGUAAAAGACGAGAAUUUGCAUCUAGUUUGAAACAUCAAAUAAUUGAAAAUGAGGAGCAAAGAAUUAUUGAGUUUGAACGUAAGCAAGAAGAGGGUAAAUUAAUAAAUUUAAGUAAUAUUGCUUGGAUGGAUGAACAAAUAAUGAAAGAAAAAAAAAGAAAAGAACAAGGUGCAUUAAUAAGAAAAGAAUUGGCUGCUGAAAAUCAACGGCUUAUUAAAUUUAAAGAAAUGGAACGUGAAGAGAAUCGAAUUAUAGAUAUAAGAAUAAAAGAGUAUCAGCGAAUGAAGGAUGAACGUGAUAAGGCAAUAGCACAAGCACAAAAAGCCAUUGAAGAUAAAAAAAAUAAAGAACGAACUCGUGUAAUUAAACAAGCAAUGCAAGCCCACGAUUUUAAAUCUCAAAUUGAAGAAUUAAAUGAAAUUCGUAUUAAAGAAGAGGUAGAACGUGAAUGGCGAAAGCGGGAAAAAGAACAAGCUCUCAAUAAAUUAAAGACACGACAUCAAUUUUCUCAAGCACGUCAAGAUCAAAUAAAAUUUCGUAAAAUUCUUCAGGCUAUGGAAAUAGAACGUGACAAACGUGAAUUUGAUAAAAUAAUUGCUGAACAAAAAGAAGCAUUACUAAAAGAACAAGAAAAACUUAAACAGCAACAAUUACAAGCUCAAAGAUAUCGCAAUGAAAUAUUGAAACAAGUAAAUGAUAAAGAAAAAAAUAAAAAUGAGGCAAGAAGAAAAAUUUAUCAAGAGGGUAUGGCUAAUCGUGCUGAAAUUGAAAUCAGAGGAAAAAGACUUAGAGAAGCAAUGGAAAGAAAAUGUAAAGAAAUGAGAGAAAAUAAAGUACCCGAAGUAUAUAUAAAUGAUAUUAAAAAUAUCAUUUCAAAAAUUAAAUAA